UCAUCAACAUCGAAUAAAUUGUUUUAUCCCAUCAUUAAGCAACAAUCAUUGAUAAUGCGAACCAACAGCGAAUGGAAACGAUUCGUUAACCGAAUAGAAAAUUCCGAGAAUCUAACAUCAAUCUAUGGAAUCAAGGGAACUUCGCCUUUAUUGGAUUUGACAUAUAUUGACAUGACAAUUUUUUGUCCACCCGAAUUCAUGCACUCCCAAUUGCUUGGCACAACAAAGCUUUUUGUUGAUUCGUGGUUGGGCAAGAUAAAAGGAAAUAUAAAGCUCAAUAACCAACAAAUCGAAACCAUAAAUAUGGGUUUCAAUCAAAUCAAAUUUCCUUCCAAAAUUUUGAGAAGAUUAAACCCAAUUGAUCAUAAAUUGAAAGCCACAGAUUACGAAAAUAUAUUAUAUUAUGGCUUGAUCAUGCUCUAUGGUGUGAUUCCAAAGGCUGAAUUUGAAAUUUUCGCAUUAUUUUCAAAUAUAAUUUCAAAUCUAACAAAAUCAAUAAUCGAAGAGGAAGAAAUCAAAAAAUGUGAAUUAUUCAUCGACAAAUUCAUGAAUGAAUUCAACAAACUAUACCCAACGGACAUGUUUCGUUACAAUGUCCAUGUAAUCCAUCACCUUCCGGAAGUAGUUCGAUUAUAUGGACCAUUAUUGGUCAAUUCAGCUUUUCACAUUGAAAAUAGCAUGGGUGUAAUGGGGAAAAAGGUGAAAAGUUUCCACAAGGUGUCAGAGCAGGUGAUGAAAAAAGCUCUGAUGCAAUUAUCCAUUCAUGCGGCAAUUCAAUCAAAUCGCCAAAAUAAUUCCGCAGAAUUCAUUGAUUUGCUAAAGAAUAAUUACUCUAAUUUCAUCUUUAAUUUGCCAAUUUCCCCAACAAUUAAAUGUUCGAGAAAAAAUGGGAAAAUUUCCGAAUUGAAAACGGAAAAAUUCCGAAUCCUUACCAACAACUAUAACAAUCAACAUCAUCAACAUCGAAAUCAGUACGUCCAAACUAAAUGUGGAAGAUACAUAAUGGUAACUGAUAUUAUUGAGCAAGCAUCACAAUUCAUUAUUAUUGGUAAUGAAUUUAUCAAUGUCAAAAAUUGGGAUAUCAUUCCAGAUUUUCAAUUUUGUCAUAUCAAAACGGGUGAAUUAUCUCUAAAUAAAAUAGAGAUUGGUUUAUCCUGUAUUGAUAAACCUUUUACAUGUUGUUUUCAACCAAGGCUUGGAUUGUUUUUCAUUUUUGAUCUAUUUAAUAGACAUCUAUGA